AUGGGAAAAGAAGAAAACAAAGAUGUGCAAAGAAAAGGAAAAGCCAAGAUGCAACUCAAAAGAAAUAUAGGUUAUUUUGAUGGGGUAAGUUUUAUUAUAGGAUCAAUUGUUGGAGCAGGGAUCUUCGUGUCUCCCACAGGGGUGUUAAAACAUUCCUUACUCAAUGUUGGCGUUGCAUUAACGAUCUGGACUGCGUCUGGGCUGGUUUCUCUGAUGGGUGCCCUCUGCUAUGCGGAGCUGGGAACCGCUCUGCCCUUCUCUGGAGGAGAGUACAGCCACAUUAAAAGAGGCCUUGGAUCCCUACCCGCCUUCGUGUUUAUCUGGACAGCAACGUUCACCAAGCCAGCAUCAAAUGCUGCUCGAGCCUUGCUGUUUGCUGAAUAUGCCACACAGCCAUUCUAUGGCAUUUGUCCUGCACCAGACGUGCUGAAGAAGUGCUUGGCCUUGGCCGUUCUCUGGUCCCUGGGGAUUUUAAAUGGCCUCAGCGUCAAAAUGUCUGCGUGGGUGCAGACAGUUUUCACUCUGCUGAAGAUGAUGGCCUUGUCUGUGAUUGCUGUUGGUGGCAUAGUUCUCCUCGUUACCAGGCAAAAGGAGAGUCUGGCCAGGUUUGAGGACAUGUUCAGCUCAGAGAUCCCCAACGCCUCACAGAUUGCCGAAGCCUUCUUCCAGGGGCUGUACGCGUACGGCGGCUGGUGGUCCCUCAACUACAUGGCAGAGGAGAUGAAACGCCCCAGCAGAAAUAUCCCCUUAACUGUGAUGACUGCUGUUCCUGCAGUAAUUGUUUUUUAUUUACUAGUGAACAUCUCAUAUCUGACUGUUCUCACACCCAAGGAAAUUGUCUCCUCAGUUGCUGUGGCAGUCACCUGGGCUGAUCGAGUGAUCCCCUCCGUUGCCUGGAUCAUUCCUCUCUCUGUUGCUGUCUCAAUAUUUGGUGCCCUCAACUGCAGCAUGUUCACACUCGGUCGAUUAAGCUAUGCUGGAAGUCAGUCAGGACAUUUACCUCUUUUAAUAUCCAUGCUUAAUGUCCACUCCUGUACGCCAGCACCAGCCAUGAUUUUUUCAACCACCAUUGCAUCCAUUUUUAUCAUCCCCUCUGACCUUAUUAUGCUAACAAAUUACUUUGGAUUUUCUGCCUGGCUUAUGACUGGAUUGACUUGUGCAAGCCUGAUUGUACUUCGAUACCGGGAACCUCAUCUACACCGACCAUACAAAGUGUUUUUACCAGUUCCAUUUAUGAUGGUGGCAAUGUCUUUCUUCCUAGUUCUAGCUCCCAUAGUCUGGUCUCCAAACAUGCAAUAUGUUUACGCUUUCCUGUUUAUGCUUGGAAGUCUCAUUAUUUAUCUGCCUUUUAUACAUUUUAAAUUGCGUUUUCCAUUUCUUGAUAAAAUUACUUGCCACCUACAGCUCCUGUUAGAAGUCUGUCCUGCUGAUGGACCUGCUGAGGGCAAAUGUGAAUAAUGGCAGAUA